AUGGUACCUGUGAGGCCGAAGAUUGCGCCACCGUAUCCAGCAGCAAUUGAGAUCUUGGAAUGGCGGGCGUUCCUCUCGAAUUCACUGGCUGUAGUGCUUGAAUCGGUAUCGAUUUUGGUACAGGAGCGGCUAGCUGUGGCAGUUGUGCAUCAUUUUGCGUGCUGCGGAACUAGAAACGAACGGCGCAAAAGCGUCGCCUUAAUACCGCAAGGACCAAUCGAGGACUUCCUUUUGAACAAAGAGGUGCGACAAUAUUUCCUGAGUGAGCUUUGGAAACUGGGCACAAACAAAGGCCUGAACAGCCUUGAACAAAUCAGGAAUAUACACCUGGUGGCAGAUGAAUUCACGAUCGAAGCUGGCCUGCUGACACCGACCUUAAAGAUGAUUCGAAUGAAGCUUAGCGACAAAUUUAAAGACGUCCUUGACAAAAUGUACCAGGAGGAGCUGAAACCUUACUCUACUUCUGGCUAA